AAUCGAGUCAAGAGCAAGGUAUACCGUUGCAUCAGUGCCUCUUCCUCGAUGGCUAUGUGGUGGGCCAUCAGCACAAGGUGGUAGCCGGCUGGAGAACGCAGCAGCUGGAAGCUGGAGAUUUUCAGUGCGAUAACGAUGCUGUGAGAUAUGGCAGCUGGUCUGAUUACGUGCCGCUGGUCCCCGAGACCAGCGUUGCUGCUGCUGCUGCUGCUCGUUGCGAUACUCGGAGCGUUCGGGUCUGUUAACGCCGACGAAGUCAAGGAGUACAGUGGAAAAUAUCUGGGAAAGCUGAACGUCUACCACCACCAGGUCGCCGGUGACGUCUACGCGGUCGACGAGUACACGCUUCUGCUGACGUCGUUCAGCUACGACGGGACCGGCGCCGAUACUUUCUUCUGGGCCGGAGGCUCUAAUCGCCCAGGGCCUCAGGGCUUCAUCGUUCCCGACGAAUACGGCAUAACGAAUACUCUUGGCAAGUACCUCAAUAAAGACCUGACGCUGAAGCUACCCGACAACAAGAAGAUUACCGAUAUCAAGUGGUUCGCCGUCUACGAUCUGUCCACUCAGAGCACCUUCGGUGACGUGUACAUCCCGGAGGAAUUCGACCCACCGGCGCCGCAGCGACUCGCGCAACUGUCCAAGCUAUCCACGGCCAAUGUGUCAUCCGACGUGAUUGUUGUUCUCGAUGCCAAGACUAUAAGCAUUCCGCAGCUUUCCUACGAUGGCACCUCUCAGGACGCCUACUUCUGCGUGGGACAGGGCAAGCCGUCGCCGCAGGGGACCAAGGUCCCGGACGAAAACGGAUACUUGGACCCGAUUCGCGCUUACAAAAACGAGGACGUGAUAAUCCAGCUACCGGGCGAGAAGACGAUCUUCGAUAUCGGUUGGAUCAGCAUCUACGACGUGAAGUCGAGGACCAACCUCGCCUCGAUCCUCGUACCCUCGGGGCUGAACGUACCUCCGUCCCUCGUCAAGACGAUCAAAGUACCAACCAACCUGCCGAACUGCGUUCAGAUGCACAAGAGGUUACAGGUAGCUUGGGAAAUUUUCCCUCCGCAGAUUACCGUCCAGCUUAUCGGCCAAAUCCCGGAUAAUGGAUAUAUGGCCUUUGGAGUUUCGGGCUCGGACUCGAGAAGUCAAAUGGAAGGAGCCGACGUGACGAUUGCCUACAAUGACGGUACCAGAGGUUUCGCCAACGACUAUAACGUUUCAGCCAAAGCUCCGUGUGUCAAAGUACUUGGACAGUACAAAGGCGUGUGCAAGGACGAGCUCGUUGGUGGUCAAGACAGUAACCAGCUUUUCGCGUCGACGAGGGAUAAUGGAAUAACCACCGUCACCUACAGAAGGACGCUAAUUUCUCCCGACUCGGGGGACAAGGAGUUUCUCAUAGAUAAGCCCAUGUAUUUCAUAUGGGCUCUGGGAAGGCUGGACGAGAAUAAAGAGCCCAACUUCCACGACUAUUAUCCAAAGAGCAAUUUUCUGCUUCACUUAGACUUAAAGGACGAGAAGAACAAUGCGGUCAAGCAGAGAACCUGCGUGGGUUUCACGGCUAAUAGCGACGAGCUCAGGGAACCUUGGGCGAAGGAAGAAAUCUUCGACCGUAGUAUAAGGACAUUCAGGGCGACCGUAGGUCCGUCCGGAGGAAGGCGUGGCUACCAAGCGAUUACGGGCCAUUCCUCGAACGGUCUGGCCUGGUACAUCAACGGCCGACUAGCUCCGGAGCUAUACCUGCGACGGGGUCUGACCUACAACUUCCGCGUCUACGGCGGCAAUAAUCCCCACAGUCCGAACCUUUAUCACCCUCUUAUAAUAACCGAUGAGCCGCACGGUGGCUACGAUCGGCUAAGCGAUGUAGCCCAGAGCAAAGUCCGUGUACUUGCCGGCGUUGAAUUCACAAGGCGGGGAAGACCCAGACCGACCGCAGUCGGGCCGCUAUGUCUGAGCAAGCACAACGACCGAGACAGGAGGUUGGACGACAAUUUCCCGACGUUCAAUAAAUUCAACAGGACGUUGAUCAGUUCCUGCGAACCAGGCGACGCCGGAAUAUUGGAAGUCACCCCAAACUCGACGUGGCCAGACAUUGUCUACUACAAUUCUUUCACCCACGCAAACAUGGGCUGGAAGAUUCACGUGGUUGACGCUUACAUAAAAAGCGACGCCGUUUCGAUGGGCCUAGCCGGGUCGAUACUCCUUUCGGCGAUUUUGUCAAUCCUGGCAGCGUAAUAUAAGGAAAUCGAGACAUCUUCAAAGACUGCGAUUUUUUUGUAUACAUAUAUACGAUAAGGCUUAAACUAAUGUAAUUGUAUAAAAAUGUGAUUGUACUUAAUAAAUAUAACACAUUGUUUUAUCGAUGGAAUAAAAGUGAAAAAGUUGAUAUACC